AUGCUAGUGAUUGUCGGAAUCUUACUGAUUUUCGGCCUCGUAGUUCGAUUCAAGUGGAAAAAUGGGGCUGCCAAGAAGGAGGAGAUUUUGAGGCUAGCUGCUGUAGCCUCGGAAGAGGAGGAAAAAAUUGCUAGGCUUCAAUCUUUUGAAGAGUACAAUUCACCUCCGACUCCUCAUCCGCAGCUGGAAAGGCAAUCUUAUUGUGCCGUUUGUCAUUGCCCCACCACUACAAGGUGCUCACGGUGUAAAGCUGCUAGAUACUGUUCUGGCAAGUGCCAAAUAAUCCACUGGAGACAAGGUCAUAAGGAUGAGUGUCGGCCAGCAACUUCACCGGGUGCUGGCUAUGAAAGUGGAUAUGAUAUGGAAACAGCUUCAGAAAACCUAUCUGCAACUCUCUUGCAAAAUGAAGUGAAGAUGUGUUCUGAUGCCAGUCAAGAAUUUAAUGAUUCUCGAUCUUCAAGUAGCUCAUCGUCUUGUUUCUAUUCUUCCAUCGAAUGUAGUGAAUCAUCAUUUGAUGCAUCUACCAGCGAGGUUCUUGAGUUUGGAACUUCUAUCCAGCUUGAUAAAGCACCUGCGGUUUGUACCCGUUCUCACAUGUCAAAACCUAUAUCUUUGUCUGGUGAUGCGGAUGUGCCGAACCCAUCACCACCUGUUUAUUCUAAAAAUCACACACCCGGUGGUAGCAAGAUGGAGAAGACUAAGGCUGAUGAAAGCCUCGGGUCAACUAACACUAGAGAUAAAAGAAAAGGAGAUGGAGUUGCUGUGCUGGAAGAGUUUGGGCAGGGUGGAAAUGAGUUGAGGAGUGCAAGAUCCUCCAUUGCUGCAAGGGCAUCUUCAGCUGAACAAUGGAAAAAUUUAGCUCAGUUAUCUGCCAAUAAAGUGACAAGAUCCAUUAGGUCUCCAGGUAACCGUGGUAUGCCAAACGUUGAAUCUUAUUUGGAAUGCUCCAAAUCUUUGAAGAUGCCGCCUUCAGAUGAGUACUUGGGAAGGGAAUCCCAAGUCUGCUAUAGUAAUGUAGCCAGAUCAAUGCCAACAACUAUGAGUACUGGCAAUUGUCAGAAGUUGCCUAUGAAAGCUGAUAAUCAUCAUGUAAUUUCUUCGGAGAUUGAAGGUGUUCGAAAUAUGCCAGAAGAUAUUAGCAAAAGUCUAAAAACAUCUGUACGGAAAUUUGUGCAACAUUUUAAAGCACCAAAGCAGUCAAAUAUGGUGAAGGACUUGGGUGGACCAUACAAUCACAAGAUCAUAUUUCCCAUCAAGCUUUUCAUGCAGUUGUAUUCUUGUGAUGAUGUGGAACUCCAUCCAUACGGCCUUGUCAACUGCGGAAAUAGCUGUUAUGCAAAUGCUGUGCUGCAAUGUUUGACUUUUACUCGGCCGAUAGCUUCUUAUCUUCUUCACCGGGUGCAUUCAAAAACAUGUCGAAAGACGGACUGGUGCUUUAUCUGUACGUUCGAACAUCUAAUUCAGAAGGGACAAGCAAUGGACUCUCCUUUAUCUCCUGUUGGAUUACUGUCUCAAAUACAGCCGAUUGGGAGAGAAGAAGACGCACAUGAAUUUUUAAGAAAUGUGGUAGACAAAAUGCAAUCCAUAUGCCUUGAGGAAGCUGGUGCCUCUGGUUCACUAUCUGAAGGUUCAACCCUUAUGGGUCUGACUUUUGGGGGCUAUCUCCGGUCCAAGAUUAAGUGUAUGAAGUGUUCGGGGAGAUCUGAAAGAUUUGACCGAAUGAUGGAUCUUACUGUGGAGAUUGAUGGGAGUAUAUGUACUCUUGAAGAUGCUCUCAUGCAAUUCACGAUGUCUGAGACACUUGGAGGAGAUGAUAAGUAUAAAUGCAGUAGAUGCAAGUCCUAUGAGAAGGCUAAGAAGAAAUUGACUGUUCUUGAGGCCCCUAACGUUCUUACGGUCGUUCUCAAACGAUUUCGGGCAGGAAACUUAGAAAAGUUGAAUAAGCAUGUAAAAUUUCCUGAGGUUCUUAACCUUUCUCCAUAUAUGAGUGGGAUGAACGACAAGUGCCCUAUAUACCAGCUUUAUGCCGUGGUCGUCCACUUGGGAAAGAAUGCUGCUUACAGUGGUCACUAUGUGAGUUACGUCAGAGAUUUCCAUGGGGAUUGGUUCAAAAUUGACGAUAGCCUGGUAAGUCGCGUGGAUCUGGAGACCGUGUUAUCUGUUGAAGCUUACAUUCUCUUCUAUGCAAGGCAUUCCCCACGAGGCGCAUCGUUGGUUCGGAGCACCAGCAAUCAUUAUGACAUGAAAACCAAGAGAAAUACGGAAGCAAUCUCCUCCGGUAACAAUUCAAAGAAAAAGAAUACGAAGAUAAAACCAAACUCCUCCUGCCGGUAUGCGGGCCCCACGUCGCCCCAUGAGGUUUCUGGGAAACACCAUCACUGGAUGUCUCCAAAUGAUUUCAAUGGGGACCAUGCGGUGGGCCCCAAGGGCUGGGGAUUACACAAAAGCAAAUCACUACUCGACUCAUCAUCGAGUGACAGCUCAUCCAUUUUCAGCACAUCAGAUGCCGGCUCGUACAGCACGGACAGCACCAAGGACUCUAGUGUGGAGGACAUAUCUGGCUAUUUAUUCGGGUCUACUAGCUGGUAUAACCCGCAGAUAUAA